AUGCCUAUCGAUUAUAGUAAGUGGGACAAACUUGAACUUAGUGACGACGACGACUUUGAAUGUCACCCAAAUGUUGACAAAGCAUCUUUUAUAAGAUGGAAACAAGCUGAUAUUCAUCAAAAACGCGAAGAAAGACGUCAGAAAAUUCAGGCUCUUAAUCAAAAAAUUGCACAGAAUGAAGUUUUACUUUCUCGAAUCGAUGAUAUGAUAAAACAGAUUGAAAAGGAUGGAGUAGAGGCAUUCUUGAAAUCAAUAAACAAAUUACGCGAAGCAAACAGUAAACUGGAGAACGAAACUAAAAAUGAUGAAUCGACAGAUCAAGAAGAUAAACCACUCAAAUAUCCAACUUUUGAUCAAAUGAUGGCCAUGUUAUUCGAUAAAAUUCAGAGUGAAAUCAAUAAUGAAAGCCCCGAAGAAGUUGGCGAUGAAUUGGUGAGGAAGUUGAAGGAACAUUAUAAUAAAUUGAGUAAAGAUCAAAAGGAAACUAAGAUAGAAUUGGAAAAGGAAGAAAGAGAAGCUAAAAAAAAGAUUACUAUAGAUGACAUGCAUACAGGCUUUGAUAGUAGUGUUGUUAAUAAAGCUAAAAAAAUGGUGAUACCAAAAACUAAAAAAAAGGAAAAAUCAAUUGAAGUAUUGAAUCCUGAUGCUAAGUUAAAACCUCUUGAAGCAAAAGAGUUUGCGGCUAUUACAAGUUACGAUGAAAGUUAUAAAUUUAUAACUAACCAUCCUGAAGUGGUAGAUCAAGACAUAUCAGAUCAAAUCUUGGGUGAGGCAUUCCGUGCGCAAUUAAAAGGAAAGGACAAGUACGCUAAACAAUGUGUACAUCAGGGCUGGUUGUUACAGUAUUGCCAGAAAUUAGGAAAAGAUGGUGUUACACUGUUUUUCAGAAGAAUAACGUCACCAGAUCCACAAGCACGUGAAGUUUUUAUAAAGGAUGUUAAUGAGACUUAUGACCGUAUUCGUGAACGUUGUAAAGUAAUGAAUGCUGAGAAGACGCAAAGGCCUCAAAAAGCUCAGGUGGAACACAUUCAAAUUGAAGUUACAGAUCCAAAUACUUCUCUCAGUGUUCGUAUUCCGGAUGGAAACUCGGAGGAUGAGAAAGAAAAAGCUAAAUAUCAAAGCUUCUUAAAAUUGCCAGAGAAUUUCCAAGAAGCCUUAAAAACCGGUGAAUUAACAAAGAUUAAUAAAGUCUUAGGCGCAAUGACAGUAGAAGAAGCGGAACGUGUUUUAGACAUAUGUGGAGAGGCAGAUGUCUUGUCACUUGAAGGUGGUAUUAUCGAUGCCACUCAGGGCCAGACUAUUCCUGGACAAAUUAUCGAUAAAGACGAAUGA